AUGGUGCAUUGUCUGAGAACUUGGCGUCAUUACUUGCUUGGCUCACACUUCAUCGUCAAGACAGAUAAUGUGGCUACAAGCUACUUCCAAACUCAGAAUGAAUUAAGCCCCAAACAAGCUAGGUGGCAAGAUUUCUUAACUGAGUUUGAUUUCGAAUUUGAAUAUAAGCUUGGCAAGACUAAUGUGGUAGCAGAUGUGCUGAGCCGCAAGGCUGAGUUGGCAGCCAUUUUCAUGGUCGAAGGAGAUAUGUUGCAUACCAUCAAGGAAGGGUUGCAUCAUGAAGACCAAGAUGAACUGAGUAGAGGUGAGUCGAGUCGUACUCUGCCUGUGGUGAUUAGAUCCUUUGAUAAAGAAAUCGAAGAGAUCUUAGCUAAUCGCGUCGUGCGACUAAGAGGAGUACCACCAAGUAUCCAAUAUUUUAUCAAGUGGAAAGGACUCUCGAUAACUGAAGCUAGUUGGGAAACUCAUGAAGAUCUAUGGCAAUUCCAAGAACACCUAUAG